AGUGCUUUCUCUGAAACAUCGAUGGCCCGUUAAGCGCCCGCGUCAGCUGUGCCUAUCGAUAGUGAUUGGCCCACCACUAACUGAUGUUGGAACAAAAAAAAAUUAUUUUCUUGAUAUAAACUAAACACGAUUGACCACGAUUGAUGCCGAGAUUCGAGGAGAUUUGAUGUCUGCGCUAGCGCCGCCAAUUCCCUCAAUGAAGAACGCGCUCCAGCCGGACAACUACAAUGGAACUGGGGCCGAGGAGGAGGCGUCGUCCGCGUUCCACGCGGAGAUUGACCGUGUAUUGCGGAACAACAAUGGCAAUAAUCACGGAGGCGGCAGCGGCAGUGUCAGUAACGAGGGUGGUAGCGGGAGUGGAAGUGCCAGCGGCAGUGGGAGUGCAUCAGGAUCUGGAGGCAGUGAGUCCAUGUGGUCGCUAGGCGGGAACAAGACGCACGAAGCUGCGCAGGCGUUCGCCAACUCGCUAGUGCUGCGCAACAUGAACCACGAGCUGGCCAAGGGGCAGGUAAUGCCCCAGAAUCAACGCAAGGUGUUCCAGUGUAAAGGUGAUCCAGUCAACCUGACGGCUAAUGGUGAGGAUCUGCGCCUGUCAAAGAUCAUCCGAAGGCUUAAUAACGAGUCCAAUCCCGCCGUGGCUUUGGAGCUGUGCGCCAAACUAGAUCAGGCGGUGCGCACGCCCAUCAACAUGGGCUAUAUGUCCUGCUCCUUUGUGUGGAUCCUGGAGAACAUGCUCACACUCUUCAAACAGUGCUCGCCUCCCGUUCUGGAGGAGUGCAGCAAGACUCUCGGUUUGAUUGGCUACAUUAACCGCAAGUCGUAUCCCAUCUACGAGGAGUUUAUAGUGAAGAACUACAGGAGCAGCAAGCGGAUGCAGAGGUAUCUGAUCGUGGCCCUGCGCACCACCCUGAGCUGCGACGCCAAGUGCGAGCUGCAUGUGUACGCCGACAAGAUCAUGCUGCUGCUGAAGGACUUCCUGGAGAAUGCGGAGAGUGCCGACAGCUUCACCGCAGUCAGCAAUACCCUGGUGCAGUUCUCGGCCAGCUAUCGGGACGCCUUCGAGUGCCACUUCACAGACGUGGUCGACAUCAUCAUCGGCUGGCAACUGGAGGCGGGACAGCCCAGACAACUGAAGGCCCACUGCGCCCAGGUGCUAGAGCAGUUGACGCCGUACUUUAGCAAGCAGAUUGAGUUCAGCUAUGGCUUGUUGGCCCAGUUCGUGGAGGAUAUCACCGUGCUGGAGGAGGAGGAUCCGGCGGCCAUGGCGGAGCGAGUGGGCGCCUUUGUGGGUGCCUUCAACACACUGCUAAAGUGCCUGGCCCGCAUGCAGAUAUUCGUGGGCAUGCCCACCUGUGAGUGCAUAGUCCAAAUGGCCGUGGAUCACCUAACCAAAAUAAUUCCCCAUCUGGUUCUGCACACGAAUUCGGACGCCAUGGUCAACAUUAACGAGCUGCUCUGCAUUUGUCUGCUAAAUAACUUUAGCGGCCUGGAUCCUGGUACUUUGGAGGAGCUGCUGCUCGGCCAGCUCGAGCAGAUGCUUUGUUUGAGUGAGUCACAUCGGCAGAGUGUCCUGUAUCUGCUGCUGUGCACAGUGAGGAGACUGCGGACACGUCUGCCGCCCAGUCUGGUUCAUGUGCUCUUCCAGUCCAGUCCGUAUCUGACCGAAGUAAGACGCCAGACGCCGGGCAGCAGUGCUUACAGGCUGUUACUGCGCACCUGCCAGGAGACCCUGCUCAUUCGGAAUGUGCCCCUGCUGCAGCAGGCAUAUAAGCAUCUUGUGGACGAUAUCGACGACUGCCUACAACAGCUGAAGUCAACUUCACCUGCAACGGAGGAGUCCGAAAGGAAAGCCAGCGAGGCAGGCAUGCUCCUCGUUUUCCAUCUGGCCGCCUUGGCUGCCCUGGCUAAGCAGACCUCCUCAAUCAUUGGUAUGUACGCAUGCAAGCCAUCGAUUUUGGAGCUGCUUCUCACCAACUGUAGGGCUCAUGAGCUGACGCUUUGGACCAAAUAUCCCGCCGCCCAUCAAGCUAUUUUGGCUCUGCUCGUGGUGCACUGCCAGGCGAAUCACAACUUUCGCACCAACUCUAGCUUGCUACGAGACCAGGAGCUGGCGGCGGAGAAUACCUCGCCGACGGCGAACAGCUUUGCCAGCAUUCUUCGCUUUCUAGAUUCGGUAUUGGAACAGGCUGGCCAACUGGCUACCCAGAACUUGAGAAUACUCCUGCAGUGGACCCAAAUGCUCCUAAGCGAGUGUCGUGAGAAGGCUGACUUGCUUAUGGAGCAAGAGAACUUCCUGGGUAUUUGUCGCAACAUUGCAGUUGCCGCCUCCAAAUGGACGCCCUUAGAAAGUGCUGGUUGCAUCCAAACCGUUUUGGAGUAUGGCCCGGAAAGGCUUAACCAUCUGCCAGAGCUGUUGAUCCUGUACCGCGAUACGGCACUCCAACAGCUGCAGGUGCUCUCGACGAACGGCCAUGCACCCUAUGCCCAGAUCUACGCCCAGUUGCCACUGCACUUAACCCUCACCGGAGGUGAAUCACCAAUACCCGGGAUGACGAGCAGACGUGUCUGCGUUUGGCAGCAGAGGAUGAGUCAGUGCAGCGCCGUACGCGACACCGUCUUCCGGGAUUUCUUUGAGCGCCUCCAAAAACCGGAGCAAGAUUCGCUGACCAACAGUCUGCGGGAGUUAUUCGUGCGUAGCUGCCAAGUGGCGCCGCAGGAUGAACGGCAAGAGAAGCUGUCGCAAUGCACAAAGCGCUGCCAGCGAUUGGCCACCGCCUGGCUGCAGUUCGAAGCAGCCAGAUACUGUGUGGACCAGCGACUCCGUACGACGCUGGGAAAGCCGCAAGAAACGUUCCUCGGAUUCGAGGCCAUCAUCAUGCGGCACGCCAGAUUGCUGAGUGGCUGUGCCAAGGAGUUGGAGCGCUCUGCCCUGGACACGCUGUCGCUGGAGCAGCUCGUUAGCAUGCAGGGAAAUCUGAGUUUGCUGCUGGGCUUCCUCGAUGCACUGGAGAAGCUCAUCUACAACGCCGCCGAGGGCAGUGCUUUUGCUCUUCGUCCGCCGGAAAAACCAGUGGCGGCCUUCUUUCGUUUGAAUAACCCCACCUGUCAGUCCUGGUUUAAUCGCAUCCGCAUUGGUGUGGUCAUCAUCGCCAUGCAUGUGCAGCAGCCGGAACUGGUCAUCCGAUAUGCCCAGCAAAUCCUGCUCACCCAGAAGAUGCAAGAUGCCACUUAUAGCCAGGCGAUCGUUUACAUGGCCUGGGCUUGGGUCAGCUGCCAGGAGGCGGACUCCCUGCGCGGUCUGUGCCUGUGGGCCCGUUCCAAGAGCAGCAAAUCCUACCAGUGGCUUUUGUGUGCAGCGGAUCAGGCAGCCGGAAAACGGGAAUCCGCGCUUGUCGGCUACAGAAGUGUGCUGGCCGAGGAGGAGCACCAUCCUGAGCUGGAGCCGCACACACGACAGUUUGUUCUGGCCCAGAUGAUGCAGUGCCUGCAGGACACAGGCCAGUGGUCGCAGCUGGUGGAACUAAAGCAGCAACAACUAAAUCGACCGGAGGACAGAGAACUAAAUCCCUUCCUACAACGCAGCAACGUCGAGGUCAAUGCUCUGGAACGACUGCUGAAUAGGGGAGAGGAGACGUUUUCGUCCAUGGAAGAAUUUGGAGGAGCCCUGCAGCAGUUGAGCCUGUGGCCCAGCAACUGGGAGGCAUCUGGAUCAGAAAGCGCUUUAAAUGGACGUGCUAGCUUCUCGUCAGUUCAUGUGCGCCAGCGCACAGAGGAUAUUGUGUUGCAAAAGCUGAUAGAGGACCGUUGCCUGCCCGAUCAGACGAGGAACCUGCUGGAUAUCCAGUGGCGAGAUAGCCUGUUGAACCCCAGUUUUGAUCAGAGAUCCAGCAGAGAACUCACCCUUCUCCGGCAUAUUGUUCAAGGCGUCAGUAACGGUCAGGAGUUGUCCCUGCUUCCCUUGUCCACGAAGAGAUGCCAAAGCCGCACAAAUACCGUAUCCAGCGCUGUUUUGAUGCGCUGCUUGGCCUGGACGCAGUUGCUGCGCCAGCAUUGUGUGCCGGGCAGCUGGGAAACCCUUUGCUUGGACGCAGCAGCCGCAGCUCGAGAGGAGGGAAACCUCCAGCUUUCUGAGAUUAUGCUCGCCCAGUUCUUUGGCCAGCCGCUGGAGGAGAUUGCUGCUCAGUUUCCACUGGAGCAAGGCUUGCAUACGGAUAGUCCGGAGUUACUUCGUGGUUACAGUGAGCUGGUCAAGUGCCUGCAUCUCCAGCAGCAGCAGCAACAGCAGACGCAGUGCGGCGACUUAAGCUCUUCCAUUGAUGUGUGUGCUUCGCUUUGCCUGAACAUCCAGAGGAACAGCCAUCAACCGGCCGUCGGUGCGGACCUUUUGCUCACCCUCUCCGAUUGGAUAGCCGCCAGGACUUGCAACGGGAUGACCACCAAUCAGUCGCCUGCCUUGAUUCAACUGCUGGACCAACUGCCCGAAUGUCCGCUGACCUGUGGCUCCAGCCAACCGCUGGCGAUUCCCCAAGCUGAGCGCCUGGUUGCCCGCCUGGUCCAUGCCAGCUUAAAGCAGCGUCCCAACUGCGAGGAGGCGCUGAUCGCGUAUGGCAACUGGUGCUAUCGCUGGGGCAAGAAGAUCGUGGACAGUGGCUGCGUGCUCACUCAGGCUGAUGUGUCGGCUCUUAGCCAGGCGCUGGAUAUUGCCAUGCCGCUCGAUAACGAUCAGUUGGGUGAGCUUCUGCAGGCGCUGAGCAUGGAGCAGCCGCCGGCGAACUGUGUGGAGGUGUGUCCGGAAGCGGCGCGUGCCCGGGAUGAUGAGGCUGCCAAGAACUGCCUGCGUCGACUUAGUUUGCUCGCGGAUAAGCCGCCGGAAGUGCUAGAUGCCGUCUUGCAGAUUUGGCGACGGGCCAUAGCCAACACGUAUGAUUACUACAAAGAUGCAGCGCGCUCGUACUUCCAAUAUCUCAGUUUGAAAGCGGGUUCCGGCUCGGAAAAGCCAGGAGGCGAUGGAACCGCUCAGCAGCGGGAACGUUUCCAUGUGGACGACAGCAAUCUGGUGACCACAACGCUGCGCCUGCUCCGCCUGAUUGUGAAGCAUGCCAGCGGACUGCAGGAGGUUUUGGAGCAGGGACUACGCACCACGCCAAUUGCCCCCUGGAAGGUGAUCAUUCCGCAGCUAUUCAGCCGACUGAAUCACCACGAACCGUAUGUGAGAAAGAGCGUUUGCGACCUGCUCUGCCGCCUGGCCGAGAGUCGACCACAGCUGGUGAUCUUCCCAGCAGUGGUGGGCGCCAACAGGGAGCAACAGGAUGCAGCGGCUCCACCCGCGUCCGCACCAGCGCCACCCACCACGGAGGAUGCCUGCUGCUACGGCUACUUGCUGGGGGAACUCUCGAAACAGGCGCCGGAGGCAGUGCAGCAUGUGCAGCUGAUGGUGAAAGAGCUGCGCCGCGUGUGCCUGCUGUGGGACGAGUACUGGAUUCACUCGCUGGCCCACAUCUACAACACGUACGUGAGUCGGGUGAGUGCGCUGGCCACCGAGUUCCGUCCGGACGACCAUGAGGGCAAGAACAACCGCUUCAAUGUCUGGCGGCCGCAACUACUGGCGGAUCUGGAGGCCCUGGCCGCGCUCACCGCUCGCCCGGCCGAGACCAGCUAUGAACGGAGUUUCCACAAGCGAUUCGAUGCUCCCAUACGAGCCACCGUGGAGGCACUGCGAUCGCGUCGUUACCCGGAGGCGUGGGACAAGCUGAAGCAGCUAUACCACAUCCUGCAGUCCAACAUGAUCAGGGGCACGGGCAGCACCCUCAAGAUGCAGAGCCUGAGCCCGGUGCUGUGCGGCAUUGGACGGAUGCGCAUCUCCAUGCCUGGCCUGGACGCCCAUGGUCCGGAUGAGGAUCAGGUUUAUAUCGAGAGCGUCGAGGGUUCAGUGUGCGUGUUGCCCACCAAGACGAAGCCCAAAAAGGUUGCCUUCUAUGGCAGCAAUGGCCAGCGCUACACGUUCCUGUUCAAGGGGAUGGAGGAUCUCCAUCUGGACGAGCGCAUCAUGCAGUUCCUGUCCAUCUCGAACGCGAUCAUGGCCUGCCGCAGUGAUGCACCGGGCAAUGGUUGCUAUCGUGCCCACCACUACUCCGUGAUUCCGCUGGGCCCGCAGUCCGGAUUGAUUAGCUGGGUGGACGGAGUCACUCCGCUCUUUGCACUCUACAAGAAGUGGCAGCAGCGACAGCCCCAGAUCACUGCGAAAACGGGAGCCGGUGCUGGUGCCAAUGCCACGCGGCGUUUUACGGAUUUGUUCUACAGCAAACUCUCGCCGCUGCUGGCCAAGCAUAAUCUGCAGGUAAGCGAUCCACGCCGCCAGUGGCCCAUAUCCGCCCUGCGCCAGGUGCUCGCGGAAUUGUCGCAGGAAACGCCUGGAGAUCUGCUCGCCCGGGAACUGUGGUGUCAGGCCGGAAACUCCGCCGAGUGGCGGCAAUCGGUGCGUCGGUAUGCCCGCUGCAUGUCGGUCAUGUCGAUGAUUGGCUAUGUCAUCGGAUUGGGCGACCGGCACUUGGACAACGUGCUUAUCAACCUGGGAAGUGGCGACAUCGUGCACAUCGACUACAACGUUUGCUUCGAAAAGGGACGCACACUGCGCAUCCCGGAGAAGGUGCCCUUCCGUCUCACCCAGAAUCUUGUGCACGCCCUGGGCAUCACCGGAAUCGAGGGCUCCUUCCGGCUGGGCUGCGAGUAUGUGCUGAAGGUGAUGCGCAAGGAACGCGAGACCCUGCUGACCCUGCUGGAGGCCUUUGUCUACGAUCCCCUGGUCGACUGGACCGUAAACGACGAUGCCCAGGCCCUGCGCCGAUCCCUGAGUGCCAAGCACCAGCAGGCGCCGGGUGGAGGAGGAGGAGGUGCAGGUGGCGGCGAACUCAAGUGCCACAAAAAGGACAAGAACAAGGGAAAGCUACACGAUUGGGAUGCCAAGCGGCAGCACUUCCUAAGCAAACUGGGUGUGCUGCAAAAGUACUGGUCCACCAACAAGACGGACAUGAUGCUGCAGCUGCAGGAGAUGAAUCAUGAGGUUGGCAACCUGGUGGCGGCGCAGACCAAGCAAUUGGUGGCCGAGCAGGAGCUGGUGGAGCUGAAUCAACGGAGCGCCCUCAUCGCGGAAAUCAAGUCGCUGGGGACGGCGAUCGAGAGUCACAGCUUCAACACCGCCUCGCUGCGCCAUGCGGUUCGCCGUGGUCACUCGGAGGCACUGGCAUCGCUCAGUGCGGAGCGCCUGGCGGACUUCGCCCAUGUGCAGAGCCUCCUCAGCACUUAUGGCCAAUGCCUGCAGCCGUAUCACUUGGCCGAACUGCAUUCCCAGCUCGUCCAGUUGCAAUUGGAGUCGGAAAACGAGAAUGUCGCGGAAUCGGCUGCUUUGGCGGAGGCUCUUCAGUUAUCCGGAUUCGAGAGCAUGCGUGGCCAGUUGGAUGAGCUCCUAAGUCGGCUGGAUGAAGUGGCCCUGCAGAGCUCGGAGCACCUGCAGCAAUAUGCGGCGGUCAUGAACUUCUUUCCGGAGCAAAGUCACCGGCAGAAUCUAUUCGUGCGCUUCCACGACAGCUUUGGAUCGUACAUUCAGCACGGCGGCACCACCAGCAAUCCCAAUUCGCCAUCCAGCUCGAUUAUCUGCACGGCAGAUGUCUUGGGCGUAGCCGAUGCCUUGGAGUCCGCUUGGAUCCGGCUCAGUUGCCAGCUGCACGAGUCCUCGCAGCGCUAUGCCGCCAAGCAGGCGCAGGCUCUGUCCCUGGGAGCACCCACUCCUGCCCUGCUGGCCAUGAUUGGCCAAAGUGGCUGCAGCCUGCUGCUGCUGAAGGCCAGCUUAGUUCGCACUUUGAACCGGACUGGCGUAGCGUUCGCCGCCUACGAACAGGUGGCAUUGGCCAGCCAAGAUGAGGAGCUCCUUCAGCAUCAGCUGCACUUUAUCCACCUGGUUCGCUCCAUGUGCCAAGGUGUAUUGGCGAUGGCCGACCAGGAGGAUCUGCAUCUGGGCCAAAUGGAGAACCUGCUGUCAGCGCUGUCGCAUUUGAAGCAGAUCUUUGAGUACGACCUGCCGGCCAGCAUAUAUCGUCUUCUGCUGCUGCAACCCAAUCUUGGCCAGCUGAGCGCCUUGUGUCAUUUGAGUGCCUCCAGUCUGGGACAGCUGUAUCUGGAGGCCACGCUGGAGAAGGAGCAGCAGCCGGAGGAGUUCCCAGCGGAUCGUCGAUUUCUACUAUCCCUGCAGCCUGCCUACGAACAGUUCCAACUGGCGUCCACCGCCUUGGCUUCGCUGGUGGGAAGUGUCAAGAUGAUGCUCGAGGAUGUCCACGAUUCGCAGGUCCAGCAGUUAAUGGAAUUGGACCUUCUCAAAUCUUGUCACAUGGAGCUGGACGACGAGUGCUUCUUCGGCCUGGUCAGUGAAGCACUAGAAUCCAGCCGAAGCUGUGACGUGCGGGAAAUGGCGCGGCCCGUUUUGGGUCUCGUCCAACGCCUCCAGGCUGAGAGUUUGGCGGGCCUUCUGCCGCUCCUGGCGCGUAACUUCUACACCGCCGUCGGACCGCAAUGCACUCCGACCACGUUGUGCGGGGAUCCAGCUCAAGCGGAUCACCUGUGCGAGAGCCUCUUCAUUUCCCUGCAAUCGGACGGCGGCCUGCAGCAGCAACAGGCGGAAAUAGCGCUGCUCAAUCAGCAGCUGGAGCUGCACACCCUGGCAGCAUCAGCCCAAUACUGGGCCUAUUCGGAGGCACUGGGAGCUCAGUUGCGCUGUGGUCACCACAUCGUCAGCCGGCCGAAAUUGGCCGCAGCCAUUGGCGAGGGCUGGCAGGAAUUGGACCAGAAUUUGAAUGCCCUGCAGCAAUUACAAGGUGGCCUGGAGUCGCAACUCAGCCAGUUGCAGUCGCAACGCAGCAACUGGAAUCGCAAUCACCUUGACAGCUUGUUGCACACGCAGCAGGUUCACAACCAUCGGGUGGCUGCCCAUGUUUUGGUGGUGCGGCAGCUGGCGGAUGGAGCCAGUGCAGUGUCGCGUCUAGAGCAGCAUGCCGGAGCUCUUGGUGAGGAGGGGCAUGCGCAGGUGGAUCAUUUGGAACAAUGGCUCGCUUCGCACGGACAAUGGCAGGCGAGCAGCUCGAGGAUUAGUGCCGUGGAGCAGGCCGUGGUGGAACUAUUGGACCCCGAGGGCGCCAUCGAUCCCUAUUGGUUGGAGAAUGUGCACGGAUUGUUGGAGGAACAGACCUGCAAGGUCCAGCGCGAGAUUGCAGCCCUGGAGGGCGAGCAGCAGAGCAAGCAUAGCUUUAUCUGCACCUUGCUCAAGGAGACACUGCGUCUGCAGGACAACAUGCCGCGCUUCCAUGUACGCACCCUGUGUUCCGAGGCGCAGGCGCACGGUCAGGGCAAAAUAGUGCCCACGGAUGUGCAGCUGCUCUGCGGCCACCUGCGCGACUGCCAGCGUCUGGUGCAGGCGCUCUUCCAGAGGCUCCAGGACCUGCGCAAGGACCUCUGUGCCGAGCGGAGAGUUCUGCAGCUUGCUGUGCUGCAAAACUGGCGACAGCAACUGCAGCUGAUCCUGGUGAUGGCCAGCCAGGAGGUAAACGAGUUCUUCAAGAGCAUGGACGACUUCCUGCAGCACGCAACUGAAACGGAUUCCUACGAAACCUUCACGCACACCAAAGGUGCCAGUAAUUUGCACGAGCAGAAGCGUAAUGCUUACGGCGUGUCCGUGUGGAAGAAGAUACGGAUGAAGCUGGAGGGGCGCGACCCAGAUGGCAACCAGCGCAGCUCCGUCGCCGAGCAGGUGGACUAUGCCAUUCGCGAGGCCACCAAUCCUGACAAUUUGGCCGUGCUCUACGAGGGCUGGACGCCGUGGGUCUAAGCUUCCACACUGGUCGGCCGCAUUUUGGGCUUUUGAUAUCACCACGCAUCACAACUCGGAGCGGAUAGACUACAUUCAACAUUGGGGAAACCUCUGGACCGAAUCGGACCUCCGGAUCGGAUCUCUGGACCUCCUCCGGACUAGAAGCAGUCGCAGCCUGACGGCAGCCGACUCCCCAAAGGCCGUGGCGGAACCAAUUUGGCCACCGCCACCUCCCAACCAAGUGUAGUUGCUUAAACGAUAGGAAACGAAACGACAGACAGACGCGUAGCGCAGCGGUCCGGGAUUCGUCGGACCGGACCCCGUGCUCUCUCAGAUCGCAUUCCGCAUUCCGAGUGGACAUAACGAGAAGCUGGCCGGAUGCCGGAUUGCCAGUAGCAGCUCACAUAGCUCCCGAUUUACACGAUCUUGGCAUAACGACGUAAUCGGAUUCGAUAUUUUCCAGGUUUCAGAUUUGCAAUUUACGUUCUCCGGUCUCAGCUUUUUGCCAAUCGCCAUUACUUUUGUUCGAUUUUUUAUAUUCGAUUCGAUUAUACUAUAUAUUCAUUUACGCCGUACCGGAUCUGUUUUAAUUAUGUGUUAAGCCAAUCUUAGAUUUUCCCCUCUUACUUUAGUUCAAAAUUUCUAAGUGUAAGCCGAUUGAAUUGUGUUAUCAAAUUAUCCGUAGCCAUAUUAAAACUAUAUAUACACCCCUAUAUAACCGAGGCAUCAACGCCGCCCGUUCUCGUUUUAGUUAUUUCAAUAAACGCAGUGCUGAAUAUAAA